AUGGGAGGGGCUUCGUCGAGCUACUUCCUGCGGCGGCUUGUGGGCAGCGAAGUGGAGAUCCAAGUGUUCGAAGCGGAGGAUCGAGUGGGAGGACGAUGCAAGCAUCUGAAGCACACGGAUAGCGCGUCCGGUGAGGAGAGGCUCUUCGAAGUCGGCGCCUCCAUCAUCUUCGAGAAGAACCACUACGCGCGGACCAUCUCCCUGGACCUCGGGUUGAACCACACCAGGUCAGGCGGGCGGAGCUUCGGGCUGUGGGACGGCAGCCGCCUCGUGUUCCAGUCGCUGCAUCUCCCUUGGAACCAGACCAGGCCCUCCUCCUUCCUGACGUCCCUGGGCCUCAUGGCGAGAUACGGCAGGUCGCUGGUGCUGCUCAAGGCGCUGGUCAAGAAGACGUUGGAAUCCUUCCUCAAGAUCUACGACAAGCAGGAGGCUGCGGAGAGCUUCGAGACCGCUGAGGAGCUGUGGAGCUCGGUGGGGCUGUACCACCUGACGCAAGAGAGUCUGGGCGAGGAGCUGAAGCUUCACGGGUUGAACGAGAAGCUGAUGCGGGAGCUGGUGGGGGCGGUGAACCGGGUGAACUACAACCAAGAUAACUCGCUCAAUGCGCUUGCUGGGAUGGUGUCCCUCUGCCCCCUCGUCGCUGGCUCCGUGUUCGCCAUCCGGGAAGGAAAUGCAGCACUGCCCGAAGCGAUGAUCGAGAAUUCAGCCGACGUGCUGAGCCUGAAGAAGAGAAUCUCUCAAGUGACGAUCAACACCACAAGCUUGGACCGAAGAUACACCUUGUGGAGCGAUGACAAGGAGGAGGGACAGUUCGACGCGUUAGUGCUCGCGACUCCCUUAGAGUUGUCAUCGAUCAAGUUCGUCAAGAUCGGCACGCAAGGAAAGGAGGGGGAGGCGCUUUCCGACGAGCAUGACAUGCAAGCAGGAGAAGAAGAGUUGGAGCUUGACCAUUCUUCCGACAUACUCUUUCGCACCACUCACUCCACGUUCGUGCAAGGGGUGUUGAACGCCUCCCGCCUGACAGGAGGAGCAAAGUGGCUGACCGGAUGGUCGAGGAAGGCAGGAGCUGCGAGUCGGGUGCCCGACUCUAUUUAUGCAACGGAGGACUCGCAGGACUUUUUCACUUCCAUCUCUCACUAUGGGCACAACGUUUACAAGAUCUUCAGCCCUCGCAGGUUACUGAAGGACGAGAUCGACCAGCUGUUUUCAGUGUACGAGGUGCUCGAGGAGAAGGAGUGGAAGGCCUACCCUCACUUCCGCCCUCCCGAGCAGCUCAAGUCCUUCCGGCCCAUCGCAGACGAGAGGAUCUAUUAUGUCAACGCCAUCGAGAAGGCCGUCAGCGCUGUGGAAGUGUCAGCGAUAGGAGGAAGGAAUGUGGCGUUGAUGCUGUGCAGCGACAUGUUCCCCUCUAAGUGCUCCAAGUCGACCCAACAACGAGAGGAGCUCUAGCUCUGCCUCGCUCCACCAGACCACUCACUAGCUCUUCCUACGUUUACUCAUUCAGGAAAAUUGAUGGCAACGGCG